GAGAACCACAAACACCAUCACUGCUCAAAAUAAAAACAGUCUGGUAAAGUGUUUCAAACAUUUCCAGAUCUUGUCCUUGUCCUUUUUUUUUGGUAGGUUACUGGUGCCUGCCUGGUCAGACAGAUGACCUAGCUCUGCCGUGUCUGGUCGGUCAUUACUGUCCCCCAGGAAGCCCUGUCCCAAUUCUUUGUCCCAGUGGGACAUAUCAGGACAAGCAGAAACAGGCAAACUGUACAAUCUGUGAAGCAGGCAAGCUGUAGUUAUCUAAAGCAAACUGUGUGACACACUCCCACAUUUCUAUUUCUGAAACACAUACUGAAGCUUGUGCCCUUUUCUGUUUCUUCUACACCAGGAUUUUAUUGCGAUGAGAAUUUUGGGGCUGCAAAUAUGUCCGCCAUGCAGCCUUGUCCAAAGGGACAUUACUGUCCUGAAGGAACUGGUUAUGCUGAACAGUUUCCAUGCCCUGUUGGCACGUAUAACCCCCGUGAGCUUAUGGACAGCCAAAGGAACUGUCUGUUGUGUCCGCCAGGACAUUACUGUCCACAUGUUGGACUUGAAGAACCUACAGGAUUGUGUUUGGCUGGUUUCUGGUGCAAACAGGGCUCCCAUUCUUCCAGUCCUAUGGGUGGUCCUACAGGCGAUGUAUGCCCAGUUGGUCACUAUUGUCCUAAAGGCACUGCCAGUCCUGUGCCCUGUCCGGUGGGAACAUGGUCUAACAGUACAGGUCUAAGGAUUGCUGAGGAUUGCCAAUCUUGCCCUGGAGGCUUUUACUGUGCCUCUACUGGUCUGAAUGGACCAAGUGGACUCUGCUCUGAG